AUGGACGCCGGCGAAGGUAUGAGUUGUGCCACACCCACAGAUGAGAUAAAUGGAGCUGGCAACUUGAUGGACUUCCUGGAGGAGCCUUUCCCAGACGUGGCCACGUAUGAAGACUUUCACACCAUCGACUGGCUGAGGGAGAAGUCCAGAGAUACUGACCGCCACCGCAAGAUCACCAGCAAAAGUAAAGAGUCCAUAUGGGAGUUUACCAAAAGCCUGCUGGAUGCUUGGUCAGGAUGGGUGGUCAUGCUGCUUAUUGGAUUACUCUCAGGUACGUUGGCUGGAGUCAUCGAUUUGGCGGUGGACUGGAUGACCGACUUGAAGGAGGGUGUAUGCCUGUCCGCCUUCUGGUAUAGCCACGAGCAGUGCUGCUGGACAUCCAACGAGACAACAUUCGACGACCGUGACAAGUGUCCGCAGUGGCAGAAGUGGGCGGAGUUGAUAACAGGCCAUUCUGAGGGAGCGGGACCAUAUGUGUUAAACUACUUGUUGUACAUCCUGUGGGCUCUUUCCUUCUCCUUCCUGGCUGUGUCACUGGUGCGAGUUUUUGCGCCGUACGCUUGUGGCUCAGGGAUCCCAGAGAUCAAGACCAUCCUCAGUGGUUUCAUCAUUCGUGGUUAUCUGGGAAAAUGGACACUGCUUAUCAAGACUGUCACGCUGGUUCUCGCCGUCUCGUCGGGUCUCAGCCUGGGAAAGGAGGGUCCUCUGGUCCAUGUCGCAUGUUGCUGUGGGAAUCUUUUCUGCAGCAUCUUCUCCAAGUACAGCAAGAAUGAGGGAAAACGACGAGAGGUGUUAUCAGCGGCAGCGGCAGCUGGUGUGUCUGUGGCUUUUGGUGCACCCAUCGGAGGUGUUCUCUUCAGCCUGGAAGAGGUCAGCUACUACUUCCCUCUCAAGACUUUAUGGCGUUCCUUCUUUGCCGCAUUGGUCGCUGCUUUUACUUUGCGCUCCAUCAACCCAUUUGGCAAUAGCCGCCUUGUACUGUUCUAUGUGGAGUACCACACGCCGUGGUACAUGGCCGAGUUGGUGCCCUUUAUCCUGUUGGGCGUUUUCGGUGGCCUUUGGGGUACCCUUUUCAUCCGCGCCAACAUUGCCUGGUGCCGGCGAAGGAAGACCACCCAGCUGGGGAAAUAUCCGGUCCUGGAGGUCAUCGCAGUAACAGCUAUCACUGCCGUGCUGGCGUACCCCAAUCCGUACACUCGGCGUAGUACCAGCGAGCUCAUUUCUGAGCUCUUUAACGACUGCGGCGCACUGGAAUCGUCUCAGCUCUGCGACUACAUCAACAACCCUAACAUGAGCCGACCCGUGGAUGAUAUUCCGGACCGGCCGGCUGGCCCCGGCGUUUACAACGCUCUCUGGCAGCUGGCGCUCGCUCUCAUCUUCAAAAUCGUCAUCACCAUCUUCACCUUCGGCAUGAAGAUUCCGUCAGGCCUCUUCAUUCCCAGCAUGGCAGUGGGCGCCAUCGCAGGACGGAUUGUGGGCAUUGCAGUGGAGCAAAUGGCAUACCAUCAUCACGACUGGAUCAUCUUCAAAAGCUGGUGCCGACCUGGCGCGGACUGUGUCACACCUGGACUAUAUGCCAUGGUGGGCGCUGCCGCCUGUCUGGGUGGGGUUACAAGAAUGACUGUGUCAUUGGUGGUCAUCAUGUUCGAGCUAACCGGCGGUCUCGAGUACAUCGUCCCAUUAAUGGCGGCCGCCGUCACUAGUAAAUGGGUGGCGGAUGCCUUUGGGAAAGAAGGCAUUUACGAAUCGCAUAUCCAACUCAACGGGUACCCGUACCUGGAUGUCAGGGACGAAUUCACACACCGCACCCUGGCCGCUGAUGUCAUGCGACCACGUAGGAACGACCCGCCGCUUGCCGUCCUCACCCAGGACACUACCACAGUAGAGGAUGUGGAGAUGCUGAUCAAAGACACGGAUUACAACGGCUUCCCGGUGGUUGUGUCCAGAGAUUCUGAGAGACUCAUCGGCUUUGUGCAGCGCAGAGACCUCACGCUCGCAAUCAAAAAUGCCCGUCAAAAACAAGAUGGCGUGGUGAGCAGCUCGGUGGUGUACUUCACCGAAGACUCACCGCAGUUGCCGGCCAGCACACCGCAGCCGUUGAAGCUGCGCCGCAUCCUCAAUUUGAGUCCUUUCACCGUCACUGACCACACACCCAUGGAGACUGUAGUGGACAUAUUCCGCAAGCUGGGUCUCCGCCAGUGUCUGGUCACACGCAGCGGGCGUCUGCUCGGCAUCAUCACCAAGAAGGACGUUUUGCGUCACAUGGCGCAAAUGAUGAACCAGGAUCCUGAGUCUAUUAUGUUCAAUUAG